GUCUAUGUACAGGCGGGACAAGAGUUCGUCACGCGAGUCUAUGUACAGGCGGGACAAGAGUUUGUCACGCGAGUCUAUGUACAGGCGGGACAAGAGUUCGUCACGCAAGGCUAUGUACACGCGGGGACGACAGUUUGUCACGCGAUUUUCUUCACAGGCGGGGGCGAGACUAUAUACUGGUGGGGACGAGAGUUCGUCACGCAAGACUAUGUAUAGUAUGAUGGAGGCGAGAGUUCGUCACGCAAGUUUAUAUAUAAUGAUGCAGAGGCAAGAGUUUAUGUAUAGUAUGAUCGAAACAAAAGUUUGUCACGCGAGUCUUUAUAGUACGGCGGAACAAAGAGUUUUGUAAUGUUUGUAAUGAGCAGGAACAACCCUCCAGGUCAACCGAGUCAGGUAUUUGAUGGGCGCUUGGCAAGUCUAUUAAAAUAUGACCAGAAGCUUGCGGGUUGGCGAAAGAGUUAUCGGAUAUGCCCUGGAGGUAUGCGAUGCAUUUUGCGAGAACUAGAUAUUUUCGUUCACGGCGUAGACGUCGAAAUGUUUCCCAUAACACCUCGCUGUCCUUUUGUAUUGCUCUUUUUCGUGCCGUGUUUUUCUUGUUGAUAGCGUGGGUGACCUCAUUGUCAAUCCACGGAGGCGUGAAGUAUUUUCGUAGUUUGCAUAGGGAACAUAGAUUUUUAAAUGACUCAAGAAAACACCCCUUCCAAGUAGCCUAGGCUUCCUCCACAGCGGCACUUAUGACAAUGGGAUCCUCAUCCAAUAUGAGUACUUGUUUAUCGCGAGGAUUCUAUGUGUUUUUGUUUUUAUUGUGGACGGGGUGGGGGGAGCAGGCGUGACUUUCUCAGUUACAGCUUGGCGUUUGAUGUCACGCGGCUGUCACGCGUUUUACAGAAGCAAUCGCUUGGUUGGCUUGGAUGUGUAUACCUAAACGUGAACAUUCAUGUUCGCGUUCUCGAAAGCUGUAUGACUAAUAAAUUCAAGCGAGAUAGUUUUCUCCUCUGGAUGUGAAUACUACAAAGCCUACUUUUGAAAGUAUAAAUGCAUUUAAUAUGCAUCUAUUAUCUGUGUUACUGAGUGGAAUCCAAGUCACAAGAACCAUACCAAGUGACGUCAUUGAUGACAUCACAAUCACAUGACUAUAUUGGUGCACUGGACAUAGGAAAAAAACGCUUGUGAUGUUAUGGGACAAGUAGCAGCAUCUUCUGGAAAUCUUCAGCCUGCAUGCAAAGAAGAAGGCAAAACAAUAUCUCCAACCCCAAAACGGUGUGUCAGAUUUGAUGAACCUCCAACUGUGGAAAAAUACUCAAAGGCUUCCCAUGUCACUGAACACCCUUCAAGAAAUGCAGAGUCACCAGAUCCAGAACAUUACAAGGAGGCCACAGCAGCCAAUAAUGGAAAUAACCAAAACAGCCUGAUACAGUCUCUCCUUUGUGGUCCAAUAGAUACCCAGAAAGUGAGGGAACAUCUUGAAUGUUCACAGGAAACCCACAUCACCCAGAAAAGUAUAGAAGAAGCUUUUACUAACAACUCCUUGGCCAAAACAACUGUUGAGACAGAUAUACAUACUGUCAGUGAAGCUUAUGUGGAGUUGUGCCCUGUAGGAGAGCAAGUGGAGGAAAGUGUACAUUGGAGUUAUACGUCACCCUCUCCCAAUAAUGUAUUCGUGGCUGAGGCAGAGUCAAGUCAGCCGCAGGACAGCGGCACCGCAGACUCUCCUGAAUGGAAGGCCAGACGUAAACUGUUCACAGAUGGGUCAAGCCGCAGUAUUGAUUCAGACGUCUCUUCCAUGAAUGGUUCUGUCAGCUUGAAUUCGUACUUGAAGUCACGUGAGUUUGAUGCGUCGGAACUUCUGCUCGACCUCGGCUUUGGACAGACAGAAACCUCAUUCAGCGUCCCUUUGCGCUUCCUCCAGGCACCGUCAGUCCUCAGCAUCGACAAACCCUCUCAGGCGACGAGCGACGACGACGAUGAUGACAAUUGCCCUGGUAGUGCAUCUGCCUCCUUGCUUUCCUACCCGUCCACGUGGUCAGACCGUGCGAGCCUCUACGAUCGUAUUCCGGCGCGCUUCAGCAGCUCUCGGUCCGAAUCCCUUAGUGACCUCACGGACUCCGAACAGGAACUUGACAAGACCACGCCUGGUAUUAUUCCCGUUAUCGUGGGACCGGAAGUCGCUGACGAUUCGUUCGAUCUGAUGAGGCAUUUAAGGCUGAACCGGAAUCAGCAAAGGACUCUAAAGGAUGGGAUUUACCUCGAACCCUUAACUGAGGAGCUGGAGGUGUCUUCUGUCGGUAGCGCAUCAGAGAGGACUAAGACCCCCGCUAAACAAGAGUCUGUAGAGUCACUGGGAACUGCGUCUGUGCUCACGAAAAUCUCCAGGAAACAAGACUCUGUGGACACCGUCUGCGAGAAACACGAGACAAAACAUGUCGGUCCUGGUAGCACUCAGGGAGCACGUGAAAAUGCUGAUGCCAGUGUGGAUAGUACAAAUUGUCAAAUCAAAUUAGACUUCAAUGGCGUUGACGAUGCGAGGCCUUUUGAGGUUGUUAAGAGCACUCCUUUGAGCCUAAGUAGUGAAUCUGGGAUCGGAUCCAGUCUAGUAGAUCAGGAAGGGAUUCCUGUGUCAGGCGGUAGGCCUGGGGCCGUGUCUCUUCAUACCGGAAUGUCUCGAACGUUGCAAGAAUCCUUCGAACUGGAAGAAAUCGCUACAGAGGAGAAUUGUGAUUGCAUGGAUCGUAAGGGUGAUAAAGUUGAAGCGAGGUCUAGACAGAUUAGACGCGGAGACAGUGGCGAGAGUAGUGGGUUCGAGGACGAAGAUAUUCAGGAUCGGAGCAAGCAACCGGAUCUUGUCAUCCCUCAGAUACGAGUUGAUCUUCAUGAGCCUUUACCUCAGACAGAUAUAGAAUCACAAUGCUCGAGAAAAAACGUGGAUUCACAUACUUUGACUCAGAGCUCUAAGGAUGAUUAUUCAUGUAGUAGAAAUGAUCCAAUUACGGAUCGCAGAUCGUCUUUUGCUAAACGGCGUUCGUGGUCAGGAUCUAGACAGACUGCAUACGAAGACGAUAUUUUGCGGCCAAAAUCACACACCAUUGCUGAAGUUAAUACGGAAAAGAUUAUCUCCCUAUCGAGUCAGGUAAUGAGGUCAUCCCGUGACCAGACUGAGCAGCCCAGCCUCUAUCCCUCGCCGGACUUGACCAGCGAUCCCAAGAACCGUACGGCAAGUGAGAUUUCAGAUAAACCCGCGGCCGCCAACAUCAAGAGUUUCUUUGCCCGUCUAAUGCCAAAGAAAGCAUUUCUUAAUAGGAGAAAUCACGAAGAUAACGCAUGUGGGACACGCCCCUCUGAUAAAGACCGUAAAUUAGUGGCAGAUAUAUCAGGGACGAUUGAGAAAACGUCUUCAAAAGGGGAGUCCCGGGACAGGCUGCGCUUGAGUCUUGACGAGUUAGAUGCGACAGAGGAGCGGCUUUGCAAAUAUUACACGACGUUCAACGCCAUGGAAUCUGUCUCCACCAUCCAAAGAAAUUACUACACCAAAAAAUUACUCGCACGGUUGGCCUGGGACGUGUCAAUCGUAAGACAAUUGCGAGAGUUGAUUGUAGAGCAGAUCUCGGAGAUUCAGUCUCAACUCAGAGCACGGCGUCAACUUUUGAUAGAAAACUUAACCCAGCAAAUGCUACCAUCAGGCGUUGUAUCUCAACUGACUAGGUUACUGGCAAAGCAGACGGCGUUACGUGACCAACUGAUGAAAUUAUCUAAAGACGUACGUGACAGUUGGAGCGGGCAUGAGUCAAACAAAAGGAAAGCGACGCUAGAGAGACAGGAAUUGGUGACUAAGAUCAAAAGAUCGAUUGUUGCGGAACUUGCCGAGCAAUUUUCAAGUCAGUUUGAUGAACUCCGACAAGAACUUCGAGCAAAAGAUGCAAUCAUCUCAGAACUCCAAGAGAUGGUGACCUGUAUACAAGCUCGAACAAGAUAGUUAUUUUGAAUCACAAUAGAAAAUAAUAUGAUGAGAUGUUAAAAGAAUAUUUAUUACAUUUGUAAAAUUAAAGGUUUUUUCUAUUGA